UAGAAAUGUAGGCUACAUGCCUUAGGCUCGGAAAAAAAUAGUCACCGACUUCUCACUACUGUGACUACAUGAUAUUUUAAAAGAAUAUGAGGGUUUUGGAAUUAUACAGUGGAAUCGGUGGAAUGCACUGUGCAGUGAAGGAAUGUGGAAUAUCGUAUGAGAUAAUAGCAGCAAUUGAUGUCAAUACAACGGCCAACAAAAUAUACAAGCACAAUUUUCCAGAGAGUAAUUUGAUGGAUUGUGGAAUAGAGUCAUUAUCUGCUACGCAACUAGAUGAGAUGAAAAUAGAUAUGAUUGUGAUGAGUCCACCUUGUCAACCGUUUACCAGGGUGGGUAAGAAGUUAGACGCCGAAGACAUCAGAACCAAGUCUUUCCUUCACCUCUUAUCUCUACUGCCCAGGUUGAAUAACUGUCCAAAAUACAUUCUUGUGGAAAAUGUAAAAGGAUUUGAAGAUUCUGAGACUUGUUUGAAGUUGCGUGAAACUUUGAUGAAGUGCAACUUUACAUAUCAGGAACUUUUGUUGACACCACUCCAGUUUGGAAUUCCAAACUCCAGAUUAAGAUAUUACCUCAUUGCCAAAAGAAGUCCACUGAAAUUUAGCUUUGCUAACACCACAAAGAUAAUGACUUCAUUACCAUCAAUCAAUUCGGAAGAAAAUAGUUCCUCAACAAAUGCAACAAAUAUAAGUCAACCCUCUACAGCAUCUAUUAGUGAUGAAUCAACUCGGACAAAUGAUCAUUGCAAAAAUUCACCACAUAUCUCAUCAUCUCAUCAUAUGCAAAGUGGCCCUGCUAAAUCUGCAACAAAUAAAGAGACACAGCAUGGAAUGCUGGGAAAAUCUAUUAAUAAUAGUGAUGCAACUGAUAAGAAAUCUCCAGAUAUCCCAGCAGCCACCUGUCCGAUCUGCAGGGAGAGCUGCCUCCAGUCAGCUGGUCACAACAUGAGACAGCUGAGUGAGGGAGAGGAGGAGGAGGAUAAAUAUCCCUGUUGUUUAGUGCAGGAUUUCCUGGAGGACCAGCCCCCAGAGUACUUCCAGCCCUUCAUGUUGACUAGGAAAGACCUGAAAAGAUUUAUUGUCAUGGACAUUGUCUUCCCCUGCUUGCAAAAAACUACAUGUUUUACCAAGAGAUAUGGUCAUUUUAUGGAAGGAGCUGGUUCUAUUUUCCAAAUGUCUCACAGUAUCUCUGAAAUGACUGCAGCCAGUGAAUUAAAAGACAGAACUUUGGAAUUGAAGAACAGAGAUCAAUGGUCUGAUGAAGAUUAUCAGGUGUUGUCAAGGUUAAGACUGCGGUACUUCACUCCAAGGGAAAUCGCCAACUUCCUGUGUUUUCCAGCAACCUACAAUUUCCCUCAAGACUUAUCUAAAAUUCAGCUAUACAGAACACUUGGUAACAGCUUGAAUGUCCGAGUUGUGUCUAAAUUAAUUCACCUGAUGGUGAAGGAGCAAACAAGUCAUGUUCAAGUUUAGCAGGACUCUGGGUGUAGUGUGAAUUAUCUCAAAUGUUGACUAGACUUUUAACCUAAUGAUGACUGUUGACUGAAAAGGGCAUUAAUAUUGUAAUGUAUUAAAUCUCUGUACACCUAUUUUUUCAAUGUGUAUAGAAAGGAUAUUUGUAAAUAAAGAGAAAAUAUAAAUAAGGAUUUAGAUUAUCAAUUCUAUUGAUUUAGAUGCAUAAAUAUAUGUGUAUUUUAUUUAUAAAAGUUUUAUUAUUUAUUAUAAAUAAAAGAGAAAACAUACAUAUUCAUGGGAACCGCAACAUAUUGAAGUGAAUGAAAAAGAAUUGAAAGGAUGUGAAGCCUCAGUCCUUCUGACUAUUAAGUGACCUAGGUUUUUGUACAUAUUUAAUUUAAUUUGAUGCUUUUUUGGACAAUACUAUUCACUUGAAAUCGCAACAUGGACUAUUAUUUGAAUGUAAAAUAUCUCAUGUUUAUUUAUAUAAAGAAAUCACUUGUUUAAAAUGGCAGCAUGUAAAAAAUUGAAGUGAAAAUAAGGAAAUUAACAGUGAAAUUGAAGUUACAGGUAUAUUAGGCAUGCAUACUAUCAGGAAAAUCCUAAUCCGUGUAAAGGGGAGGGGGCACAAGGAUUAUGAUUUUCAUAUUUUAUUUUUAAUUUUUUUUUUUAUAUAAAUUUCUUUUGCACAUACAAUAUAUACAUGUAGGCAGAUUUAGCACAAUUGACAAAUCAUUGACAAGAUCAAUUUCAACACUUUUAAGGGAGAGAGAAAAAGGGAAAGUCGGAAAUGGAGAGUGGGGGAGAGAAUGGGGGAUUCGUGAGAAUGACUGUAUCAUGUCAAAUUAUGAUUUUCAUGAUUUUGGUAAGUUGGAUGGGUUUUUCUUGGAUGAGUCAGAUUAUGGUUUUAAGAAUGAAUAGCCGCUCUGACCAACCGAUUAUAUGUCAUCUAAUUAUUAAAAAAAAUAUUCUGGAAUAAACCUAUUAUCUAU